CUGAUUACGCGUAAAUGUCCACAGAGAGAGAGAGUUUACUAGUAAGUUGAAUGGAAACUACUUUUCAAACUACACAGACUUCAUCAUCGCCUUAAUGGCGUUUAUCACUUUCAGGAAAUUUCCACCCACUUUCGAACCCCUUAAAAAGGACAAAUCCUCCAAUUCGUCAAGUCUUGUAGAUUGUGAUGUGUCUGUCCCCUUCUCUGGAAUUUUUAAUACAUGAUGACCCACUUAUAUUUCUUCACGAUGAAUUUUUGGUUCAUGACUCUGUCUUAGGUUCUAACUUCUAACCCGUAUUGUGGGUUGUAGCGUCCUAUAUCUUCUCGCUUUCAUCAGAAGAAAAAUCUUCGAAUUGUGUUCGAGACACAUAUUCCCCUGUUCUUGUUCUGUUUUCUACUAGCUGUGUCUGAAAAUAUAAAGUAUCCUAUCUUUUGCUCUGUUUCAGUUAUCUCUAAACUCCUACAAUGGCGUUUAAUCACAGAAAGAUGCUUGUUUCAUGUCUACGUAUUAAUGAUCUCAACUUUUGUUUACAUCAAUACCUUCCGCCGCCGCCACCGCCACCGCCACCGCCACAGAGGGAACUCUCUCUUCUACUCCCCACCACGAUCUGGGUCGCAGGCUCUAUAUUACUCUUCCUAUUUCUCGUCAUCUUCCUCUACCUAUACCUCACGCAACCACAAAGGACCACAGCCGCCACAGUAACUCCCGGUAACACAAACCGACGGGAAGACGAGGAAGAAACAGAGGAGAGAGAACUCUCCGACUUCCACCACGUCUGGCGAAUCCCCACAGUCGGUCUCCGCCGUUCCGAGAUCAACUCGAUCACAGUCGUUGGAUUCAGAAAGGGACAAGGUUUAACCGACGACACUGAAUGCUCCGUCUGCUUAAACGAGUUUGAAGAAGACGAAUCAUUAAGAUUGUUACCAAAGUGUAGCCACGCCUUUCACAUCAACUGCAUCGACACUUGGUUGCACUCUCACAAGAACUGUCCUUUAUGCCGUGCCCCUGUUCUUCCUCUCACUAAACCUCCUCAUCCUCAUCAAGAAACAGAGACCAAUCAUCAUCAACCAAUUCCUACUGAAUCAAGCAAUAACCUCAGUGGAGGACAAGAGAGCUCUACAUCCCGAAACCUUCACAUUCUCACAAGAGCACAAAGCGAUUUGGCAAACCAUUGUGGCACUGGAAGAGUAGAAAACGUGAGACGAUCGUCUUCAAUCGGAGGAAGCUUAUCACUUUGCGAUGUCAACAAUAUUACUACUAGAAGUGGAAGCCAGUUCUACACAAGUUUCAGUGCUGCUAAUUUGUUCUCAUCAUCAAGAAGAUCUAGAAACCAAGAACCAGUUCUCCCAAAUCGAAUACCAUCAGUAGAUGAUAAUACCAGUUAAACGGUGACUACAACUAUAGCUAAUGUAAUGUGUUUAUUAUAAACAGUAUCUGAAAUAAAUGGAUACCUUCGAUGUUCCAA